AUGCGACGUAGUGGAAAGCAGGGCCGCCCGGCUCGUUGUCUCAGCCGAUCGCCCGUACCUAGAGGGACUUUGCAUGAUCCACUCGCCGCAAAUUGCCUCCCUCGAGUCAGAACCCGCUGCCUCGCCGGACAUCGCGUCGUAGCUUCGCCUCAACGCCCGUCACGGCGUCGCCUCGCCGCAAAUCCGCACGCGGCAUCGUCACCUCGCCUCCUCACGUUGCCUCCUCACGCCACCUUGAUCACGCUCACCGCGCCACAACAUGCAGGCCCAUCCCGUUCUCCCCUUUCCCCAUCCCGUUCUCCCCCUUUCCCCAUCCCGUUCUCCCCUUUCCCCAUCCCGUUCUCCCCUUUCCCCAUCCCGUUCUCCCCUUUCCCCAUCCCGUUCUCCCCUUUCCCCAUCCCGUUCUCCCCCUUUCCCCAUCCCGUUCUCCCCUUUCCCCAUCCCGUUCCCCCUUUCCCCAUCCCGUUCUCCCCUUUCCCCAUCCCGUUCUCCCCUUUCCCCAUCCCGUUCUCCCCUUUCCCCAUCCCGUUCUCCCCUUUCCCCAUCCCGUCUCUCCCCUUUCCCCAUCCCGUUCCCCCUUUCCCCAUCCCGUUCUCCCCUUUCCCCAUCCCGUUCUCCCCUUUCCCCAUCCCGUUCUCCCCUUUCCCCAUCCCGUUCUCCCCUUUCCCCAUCCCGUUCUCCCCUUUCCCCAUCCCGUUCUCCCCUUUCCCCAUCCCGUUCACCCCUUUCCCCAUCCCGUUCUCCCCUUUCCCCAUCCCGUUCCCCCUUUCCCCAUCCCGUUCCCCCCUUUCCCCAUCCCGUUCCCCCUUUCCCCAUCCCGUUCCCCCCUUUCCCCAUCCCGUUCCCCCCUUUCCCCAUCCCGUUCUCCCCCUUUCCCCAUCCCGUUCCCCCUUUCCCCAUCCCGUUCUCCCCUUUCCCCAUCCCGUUCCCCCUUUCCCCAUCCCGUUCCCCCUUUCCCCAUCCCGUUCUCCCCUUUCCCCAUCCCGUUCCCCCCUUUCCCCAUCCCGUUCCCCCCUUUCCCCAUCCCGUUCCCCCCUUUCCCCAUCCCGUUCCCCCCUUUCCCCAUCCCGUUCCCCCCUUUCCCCAUCCCGUUCUCCCCUUUCCCCAUCCCGUUCCCCCCUUUCCCCAUCCCGUUCCCCCCUUUCCCCAUCCCGUUCCCCCCUUUCCGCAUCCCGAUCUCCCUUCCCUCGUUUCCCUCUCUUCUCUCCCGCCCCUCGUUUCCCUCUCUUCUCUCCCGCCCCUCGUUUCCCUCUCUUCCCUCCCUUCCCUCGUUUCCCUCUCUUCCCUCCCUUCCCUCGUUUCCCUCUCUUCCCUCCCUGCCCUCGUUUCUCUCUCAUCCCUCCCUUCCCUCGUUUCCCUCCCUUCCCUCCCUUCCCUCUCGAUACCGUGUUUUCAUGGCUAUACUUUCUCAAACCGUGA